GAUAGAUAACAGCAUUCAUAUUAGGCCAAAAAUUGUUGUAAACAUUUCUAGAACGCUACAAAAUUAAUUGUUAUUUAAUUGUUAUCCUUCACAAGAUAUUAGACAAUAAGAAAUGACUGGCAAAGCACCUUUUAAGGAUUUCUGCGAUUGCCUUUACAAAUGCGCUGAAAGUAUAGAAGACGAUUUGAAAGAGAGCAUGACGGGAAUCGAGGAAAUAUUAAAAAAUGGAGAAACCAUCGAUAUACAGUUGCCCUUUCAAAAAGUAAAAAUUUACCAUUACAACGAAAUACUACAUUUGAUGAAAGACGUAAAAAUCAGCAUUAAAAAAAUUCUAUACCACGAUAAGUCGAUCAGAAGAUUAGAAAACACUAGGCAACUGUCUGAAGAAGAGAUUAAGAAUUAUGUUACAGUUAAAAGCAAAAGCACAGACGACCUAACGAUCGCAGAGCCAAUUUUGAGAAAGCCGAGGCGAAGAACUUUAUCGUCGACCUUGUACACUUUGAGCACUUGGGAGGCUUAUAUGAAAAGAAAAGAAGACGAAGUUCCAGAGGAGAUAAAAGAGACAAACGCCACCAUAUCGAAACGAAACAAACUUAACAAUAAGCAAAAGCAAAAAAGAAAAUUAGUGUCAACAACAUUUAACGAUAUUUUGGAUACUAACAUAGAUGACGAAUUCAAUUCUGAUUUUUGUAAAGAGAAUUUUCUAAAUGAAGAAGAGGAAGAAAAUAAUCAUGAUGACGAUGAAAAAAUUGUUGAAAACGAAUUUUGUGGUAAUGGUUCCAAUACUCAUGAAACUUGUGAUGAUAGUAAUUUAUUAUGCGAAAGUAUUACUAAACCCAGGAUUGUGGAUAUUAUAUACAAGAAGCAAGGCGAAAAAAAUCAAGUCGAAUAAUUAAAACACUCUAAAAACAGAACUUCCAAUAAAUCCAAUUUAUUUUAUCAAUACAGCUAUAUAGGCAUACUUGAAUAAAUAGAAAAGAAUUAACGUAAAUAAUUUGGACAAUUAAUAGAACGCUGCAUAACGACUGCACACUCUAAGUGCUUCUAUAUUCAUCUAAUUCAUCAAUAGUUGUUUUUAAUUAAAGGGACUCUUCACUGGAGUUUUGCUACCAACGAUAUUGCUUAUUUGACUGCACAAAGAUACGCAAUAAUAUUUCUAUUGUCAACAUUUUUAAUAAAAUCCAUAGAACUUUGUUUUUUGUAGUAUGUGAAUAAAUAAGUAUAAGCAGCUAUCUCGGUGAGAAUACCAUUGUUUCCUGCAUUCGAUUUUUUACAGCAAAAAAUUCCUAAAGCUGCAGUAUCUUUUAAUUUUAUCUUUUGUAUGUUUUGUCAAUUAGUAUUGAGGAAGUGUGCUUUGUAACAGAAUAUGUAUUACUUAACAAUUGCAAAAUGGUGCAUUUCAUUUUCUACGAGUUCCUAUAUUUGUUUACACAAUGUUCAGGGAUAUUACAAAGGAUCCACAAUGAUGUAGGUGGUUAAAGGGGCGGCGUUGACCUGCCCUUUAAACAACAACAUCACCAACACAAAUUGGAAUAGAGUGAUUUGUGCAACACUAGAUCCAGGAAUAUGUUUAGGCAAAUUGCUAUCUAAAUGCGAUAAUUUUAAAGUUAAAUUAAACAUCAUU